AUGACUUCACAUUUAACUGCAGUUGAACUUCUUAAAUUGGGUGAUGAGGAUAGGAAAAAGCCCUUUUUAAAUAUAUAUUGGCCUUACAUUAUUGGAACUGCUUUCGGAGUAGGAACUGGAGUUUUUAUGAACUUCGGCACACGACGUCCACUUUUCAGUGGCAUACAAAAGCAUAUUGUUGGUGUGGCGGUAUGGACGUCACUUUUAACUUACGUUCAAAACAAACGGGAUGAAUACUUCGCCGAAAAAGACGCUGUUUACCGACACUAUGUAGAAUUACAUCCUGAAGAUUUUCCUACACCAGAGAGGAAGAAGAUUGGUGACAUCUUGGAACCAUGGGUACCAAUUCGAUAA